AAUAUAAAGAGGAAAUACCAUACACAGAUUGACAGAGAGAGAAGGGAAAGGAGAGAAAUGAACAGAGGGGGAUACUGGAGGGGUAAGGUCCACUUAGCAUGUUAGUGUCUCGGUGUGUCUCAAUGGAGAUGCAAGGGACUCAUUGAAUGGGAUAUUCUCCACUGGGAAAGUACUCUCUGAAGGACCAUCUCUGACAGACUGGUACAUGUCAGCUACCGCCACAGCUCCUCUGGAGAGACGUGAGAAACCAGAACCUCACGUCACUCUCCAUCUGAUUCCAGCCAUCACAGCUACAUCUACCACAGCACCAACACCUGCCUCUAUCCACCAUGAGUGACGACAGGGAAAGACAGGGUGCCGAUGGAGGCUACGGGGUCGAACAGCCGCCCAACGUCAAACCCAAACCUGACAGCAUCAAGAAGGAGAAAAAGGAGAAAUCCACCAAGGUGCGUAGGUCCAUGAGCACUGACUCCGAGAGAGGAGAGGGAUCUGGGAGAAGGAGGGAGAGAAAGAGAGACAAAGGGUUGAGGAGGGAGCGUGGUAGAAGUGAGGAGAACAGGAGGCAAGACAGGGCUGGAGAUGACAGCAACCGGAAGGAGUCUGACCCCCAGGAAAACGACAUGGAGGACACUGAGUGCGUGGUUUGCUUCUGCGAAUACGACAAUGUCUUUAAAACCCCCAAGCUGCUCUCCUGCGGGCACACGUUCUGUCUGGAGUGCCUGGCCCGGAUCAACGUCACCUCCUUAGAGCUCAAGUCUCUUUCCUGCCCUGUGUGUCGAGAGCUCACCAACCUGCCCCACGGCCGCAACCUGCCCCAGCUGGGCAACAACCAAGACAUCUUCCGCAAACUCCCUCCAGAGAUGCAGAGGGCGCUGUCCGUGCGCUUCAAGCGCAGCAAAGGCAAGCUGGUCCUCAAGAAGCCCCCUCCUGGUACUACCAGCCUGGCCAUGUCCAGCCUCACCCUGCCCACUCUCAAGAAGCAGGACCGGCAGGCCCCCAGCAACCUCCAGCUGGGCACCAUAGAUCAGGGCCUCGCCACUGUCGUGGACGUGGGUCGCCCCCCUAGCAGGGUCAGAGGUCGCCUGCGGAGGAUGUUCCGCUCAGACCAGUGCUACUACACCGUGAUGGCAUCCAUCGUCACCAUCACCGUGGUGCUGAUGCUGAUGGGCAUCCUGGCCUUCAUGGUCAUGCCCAAUGUGGUCCUCCACAACGGCAGCAAACCCAACCAGGGGAAUUCCAGCCAACCAUAACCAGGUGGUCAAAUACCCUGAGGAAAAGACGGGAUGGUGGUGGGAUGAAGGGAAGUAAUACCAGAGGAGAGAAUCACUCAUAUAUUUUCAGAGGACUAAUAUUGUCAGGGAUCCUAAUAUCUGCCAUUUCAUUUUCUUUACUAAUACUCAGUUAUGAAGAAAAUGUAGAAAGGUGACCCUGACAGCACUAGUGCACACUCAACUGGGGUCAACACAUAACAAGGACCGUGUUGUUUAUGAAGGACUGAUGCACAAGAAGUACUAAUGGGAAAAGUGUCGCAAGAGUUAUUUUUUAUCCACCAUCUUGUCUUCCUUCCUGCAGUAUAAAGAUCAUGAACAUGGAGCAUUUACCCAAAUGUGAACGGGACAGCUAUUGCGGUGAAGUCAGAGAGGACAAUUCAUGUUAUCUGGGGAAUGUAAUUCAUUAUAAAGUUGUGUACUAUGUAAUUGCACUGAAGUCUGCCAUGGAGAAUUAUUACAAGUAAGAGAUGAUUUGAUUACACUGAGCAUUAUCUUAUUCUUUACAUUGCAAAGUAAAAAUGUUCAGCUCAAGAUUUUGUUUUACAUUCAUUGAUGUCUAACUAAUGUAUAUUUACGUACAAAAUAUGAAUAUACAUGUAGAGUUCAAAUAAGAAUGAUACAUUUGUAAAAAAAACAACAACAAAAACAACGGAAUAGGUCUCUCUUGUCAUAGCAGAGGUAUCCUACCACACUGAAAUGAAUGACAUUUCCAAUAGACCCAGUGCCAUGUUACAUGCACGUUGCACGUACAUACACGUUGCCUUACAGUAAAACCAAAUGUGCUGAUUUGAUUUCUGAUAAGAUCUUUGCCUAUCGGUACCUUGGUUGCACCUUCCUCUUUUAGUCCCAUUAGAGAAUCAUUUUCUUUUUGUUUUUAUACUAUUUCCUGACAGGUCCAGUGUGUGUGUGUGUGUGUGUGUGUGUGUGUGUGUGUGUGUGUGUGUGUGUGUGUGUGUGUGUGUGUGUGUGUGUGUGUGUGUGUGUGUGUGUGUGUGUGUGUGUGUGUGUGUGUGUGUGUGUGUGUGUGUGUGUGUGUGUACUGUUUAAACAUUUUACUGAAAGCUACACUAUACAAAACAUUAACAACACCUGCUCUUUCAAUUACAUAUACUUACCAGGUGAAUUCAAGUGAAAUCUAUGAUCCCUUAUUGAUGUCACUUGUUAAAUCCACUUCAAUCAGUGUAGAUGAAGGGGAGGAGACGGGUUCAAGAAGGGUUUUGAAGCCUUGAGACAAUUGAGACAUGGAUUGUGUAUGUGUGCCAUUCAGAGGGUGAAUGGGCAAGACAAAGGAUUUAAGUGCCUUUGAACUGGGUAUGGUAGUAGGUGCCAGGCGCACCGGGGUGCAACUCAAUAUUAGGAAGAUGUUCCUAAUGUUUGGUAUACUUAGUGUAUGUAUCAGUGAAACAGUGUCACUCAUGACUAGUUUUAGUUGUAGUAGCUAUGUUUUCCAUUCUAUGGUUGUCAGUGUGACAGAAAAACCUCUUACAAGGCACCUUGCAUGCAAAUAUUUCACAAUGGAAAGGAGGCAGUGACAGUUGACAGCAUGACUAAGUGAUAUGUGUUGUAUAACAUGCAAGCGUUUUAUUAAUUGUUUAAGGAAUAUGCUCUUAAUCAUUAAAAUAUAAAGUUUGAACGAUUA